AUGAUCUCGAAGCUCUUGGCGCUCGGUGCUGUUCUUCUCGCCUCUGCCACCGCUAACGUCUUCGACUCGUCUUACUCCAAUGUCUCCAGCGCUGCUAUCGACGAAGGCAGGAUCGAAACCGCCGUAUUAGUUGACACCGAGACGACAGAACCCGCCGAUGACGUCUUAUGGAAUGCUGCGUUAAGCAAAGGCCGAAUGUUGAUACUAGCCACGAGCUUGAACCUUCCAGAGGCUGCCAAGGUCUAUCAACAGAUGGAAACUCCCUGGGAUGGAACCCUCGAACGCGAACUAGCACUUUGGGGCUACUCGGAACCUGACUACCCGGAAGUUGAAGACUCUGACGAAAACUGUGUCAUGGGGAAAGAAAACCACGGCCUUCAAGAUAUGCUCAAAGAGCUACACGCAGAUGAUAGAGAUUCACGCGAUGGAGGGGACAACAUCUGUCACACAAUCCAACAUCAAGACGGGCCUACCUUGGAGAAAGAUGAGAACGGUGAAGUACCAGAAGAUCCUAAGGAACAAUACUACAAAGUUGAAGGGCGCAGAUACAGGGUUACCGGCGCGGAUUCCACCAUUGGAAUAAAUCCAAAGGCUGGUAUCAUCUUCUUUCUGACUCGUGAGAGCCCCGCGUACGCGGCGAGAAAGCUAUGGAAUGUACCCUCCGUCAAGCCGGACGAAAUGCCUGCCCUCAAAAGCAGCUCGGAUAUUGCCUGGGGUCUCUGGAAUAGGCAUUGCAAAGAAAGCCUGUCCAACAUCAACUACUUCUUCACGGUGGCAGUUGCGAACCCGGAAACGCGCAAGAUCAUCAGUAGAGCCAUGGGACAAAAUGCUGUGCCGAAUGCGCCAGGAUACACCUUUAGAGCUGGGAACGAGAACUUCAUCGCUCUGCUGGGAUCGCCGAACCUUGUAGCAGUAAUGUUCUUCCUCCUCCAACACAAGACUCGGUUUGGCCACAAUCGAUGGGUUACUGAGAUCCGUGUUUUCAUACCGAAUGGGGAUUUCAAUAAGGUUUCGAUGCUUGUUAAGGUUGAGCGAGCGCCCCCGACAGAACCUCCCGAGCCCGUUGAAGAUCCAGAUUGCGCGGAAAAAAGGUCGUUGAAAAGUGCGCAAGUCUCACCGCUGAAGAUCGAUAGUUGGAAGGGUGGCGAACGUGAAAAUUCGACCUUUGAGGAGGUGAAUUUGGUUAGGAGACAUAUCAUAUGGGCUUAG